UAUUUAUCCAGAUGUAUUGUUGGGGCAUCGCUUGAAAGCAUAGGAGAAGAAGAGGAGGAGGAAGAUGAAAAUAAUUCAGCUGCUGAAGUACCUAGUAGGCCAAAGGAGGGAGUUUACGAAAUAGUGGGUACCCUUUCUAAAUCGGAGAGUACUAAACCGUGUUUUGCAGCGGAAACAUAUGCAGUCUCUUCUCAAAAAGAGCUCUUACGUCACUUGCUUGAGUGUGAGAUUGUUUUAUAUAAUAUCACUGAGGAUGCAAAUCAGAUUGAGGAAGCAACAUGGGCUGCUUCUGCCCUACAUAAGGAAAUAGAGCAUUUUACAACACCUAAGUUAUUCAUCCUCAUUUCAACAAUAAUGAGCUGGGCUAAAAGCAACCCCCCUGACCCUGAAGAUCCUGAUAUUCCUUUCACUGAUGAAGAUUAUCUCAGAAGGAAAUGUCAUCCUAACUUUGUCGAUCACAAAAAUGCUGAAGAACUCAUUCUCAAACUUGGGAAAACUAACAAACAUAAAUUUUCAACUUAUGUUGUUGCCUCAGGACAUCAAUAUGGAUCUGGGGAAGGACUCUUACACUACUUUUUUAAGAUAGGUUGGCUUAGUGAGACUCCUGCAAUACCUAUUUUUGGAGAUGGAAACAAUUUUAUUCCAACCAUUCAUGUUCUUGAUUUAGCAGCGGUGUUACAGAAUGUAGCAGACCACAGGCCAAGAUCUCACUAUAUACUUGCAGUAGAUGCAUCUAUGCACACCCUUCAAGAAUUAAUAAAGUGUAUCAGUAAAAAUAUUGGACCAGGAAAAAUUGAGAAGAUUCCAAAAGAAAAUGCAUUCCUGAGCAAAGAGUUAACA